CGGUGCGUACACUGCAAUGAUGCAGCGCGUGAGUACAUAAAAACAAUUUCGCUAAUUUGUCGAAAUAUCCGAAAGUGAGUCUGACUUUUCUUUGAUUUCCUCAAUUAAAUGAGGAUAAAUACGUUCGGCGUUUUGCGCCUGACGAGUGUCAUCCGCUGUGUACAAUUGCGUUGUUUUCAUUAAAUCAAUUCAAAAUACAGUGAUAUUGGAAUAUUUGACAUUGCACGUGACAAGACGGUCGACAUGCCGAUACCCAAAAUUUCUCUGAGACCAGAAGUUGCAGAACAUCUCAGAAGUGUCUUCUUAAACCAGGAGUUGUUAGCUGCAGUGGGUCAGCAGGAAGCUGAAAGUCGUUUCCACGAUCUUCUUAAAUGCCUCUCACACCCGCCGUCACACACGUGCGUGCGUGUCAGCACUCACCUGGCUCCAGUGGAUGAGAUCAGACUCAGGCUAAAGGACCAGCUCAAAAAGCAGCAGCUGCCGAACUCAUCAGCUCCUUCCGCCGAGAUUCUCCCACAUCCUAUUAUUCCAGAUGUUCUCCUUCUUCCUGUUGACGGUCCAAGGGCGGUGCAACAGUUGAGCUCAGAAGUGGUUGUUGGUGCUCAGUGUGGGAGUGCAGUGCUGAGAGGAGCUCAGGUUUUCAGCCCGGGAAUUGUGGCCUGUCCAAAGUACAUGAAACGAGGCGACCUUGUGUCGGUCUUCUCUGACUUGGAGGGGAAAUGCACACGUGGAGCUUUUACCUUUCAGGGCCAGAAAGUGUUUGUGGGGAACGGAGUGGCUCAGAAGGAUCGGGCCGACAUCUUCUCCUCAGAACAGCCAUCUCGAGGCGUUGGUGUCCUCAUGACGGAUCCACUUUAUCAGAGUCCCUCUUUUGAUGGAGUUUUACCCGGUCUGGUCUUUCUGCAGAAUCUGCCGUCGGUGGUGGUGGGUCACGUCCUGGGCCCUCAGCCUGGCGAACGAAUCCUGGACAUGUGUGCUGCCCCUGGAGGGAAGACCAGCCACAUCGCCGCGCUCAUGAGAGAUCAGGGGGAAGUUGUGGCUCUGGAGCGCAUCAGAAACAAGAUUGAAAAAAUCCAUCAAAAUGUCAAAGUGCUGCAGCUACAAAGUGUGAAGGCAUAUUGCUUCGACAGCACACGAGCAGUGAGCGACGACACCACAGACGGACCUCCGUUCCCUCCUGAGAGUUUUGACCGUGUGCUGCUUGACGCUCCCUGCAGUGGACUGGGGCAGAGACCCAACAUGGCCGUCACUUGGAGCCUGAAAGAGGUCUGCUCGUAUCAGCCGCUGCAGAGAAAGUUACUUCGAGCUGCGGUGCAGCUGCUGAAGAGAGGAGGGGUUCUGGUCUACAGCACCUGCACUGUGACCCUGGCGGAAAACGAGGAGCAGGUCCGCUGGGCCCUGGACACCUUUCCCUGUCUCACCCUCCAGCCUCAGGAUCCCCACAUCGGUGGUGAAGGUAUGCUGGGAGCCGGGCUGACACAGGAGCAGCGCUGCCUCCUCCAGAGGUUCAGUCCCGAGCUAAGGUGGGACCGGAUCGAUGCCUCCACGCCCCUCCCCCGCAGAGCCCACCAGGACACCAUCGGGUUUUUUAUCGCUAAAUUCCAGAAGAACUGAGGGACUGAGGCAGAGCCCCAGGAGCAGACGGACGGGAGCAUGAGCGAUCAAGUUCCAACAGCUCCAUCAGGACGUGUUGACGACUGUUUACAGCAUCUGUGCGCCGCCAGCUGCCGCCAUGAAGGGAUCAGAUUUGUAAACACAGGAGGGGGGGAGGAAGCAGGGGAGGCACGUGAGGAUAAGUGAGCAGCGGCACAUGCUGCAGCCUCACCAUAGCAACGAUGACGGCACGGCUGCCAUGGUGACAGGAUUGGCUGCAUCUCAGGAGGAUCAGGAAGUAGUGAGUCGGAGGACGUCAGGAGGAAUGAAGUACUUACACUGCUUACGUGAGAUCCAAUAGUUCUGUUUCAAAUAUCGACUGUUCAUUCAGCGUCGGGAGGGGCCACUAAAGACUUGUGACAGAGAGAAGAACUUCGAUGAGAAGUUUUGUUCACACCUCUGUUGUGAUCUUGACUCCCAUUUACUACACAGUCAUCUGGUGUUUCACCACUUCUGAAAGUAAACAUGAAUCAAGUAGUACAUCUAAGACACAAUAAGGGACAUUUGAGAAAUACAUAUUUUUGGAAUGCGGCUGAGAAACAUUCUGAUGUGUUAAAAAUAAUAAAGCUGUCAGGUGCUCUCUGAGAUGUGGCGACGCAUCUGGCUGUUAAAUUUAACCACCGGUUUUAAAUUUGCAAGGAAAUCAGUGUAGCAGCAGCGUCACUAUUCCAGAAAGGUCUCGUUUGUUUCGGUCUGUGCCGUUGUCAUGACGAUGCAGGAGAGUCAGACCUGCGAGUAUGUUUCUCAGUGGAGUUCCAGGACUAUUUUUAGCUUCUGUUUAAAAAAAAAAAAAGCCCACGUCAGAUUUACUUCCACAACAUCAUCCCAGUUUAAACUUUAUUCUUUAUAUAUUAUGUACAUACACAUGUACACAGUUAAAAAUCUUCUCUGCUACAAAUGUAGCAUAAAAACUUAUAAAUACAUUUGUCAGGCAAAAACAAAUGACGUGGUGCGUCGCGGAUCUGUAAACAACCGAUGAGUGUGUGAACUCCUUCUGGGAAUCAUAAAUAAAUAAUCUAAGAGCGAGGGAAUUCAUCUCGUGUUUUACUUCCGACAUCCCAAGUCCCACGGACGACAACCGGACUUGGGAGUGGGAGAGCGCAAGACGUUUGGUCCAGAACCCUUCAUCAGCCCCACAAACUGGUCAGACGGACGCAGCUCGAGAGAGAAUACUUGUCACAUGAGCUGAAAUCCACUUCAACCUAGCCAAACAGGAAUUCAUAAAAUGAAAAAUAUGCUUGUGUGGGUCUCCUUUGGGCACUCUGGUUUCCUCCCACAGGACAUCAUGCAAAGUUCAAUUGAAAUUGUGUGAGUGGAUGUCUUCCCACAUGUGCCAUAAAAGAUGAAGGUUUUGGGAUCAAACAUCUGAAAGAAAGUCACAGUGUAAAACACAAUGACCUCUGACGGAGGAUCUUCCCGCACAUCAUGCUAUAUAACAAUCGGGGCUCGAAAACAGCCUUGCUCUCUCUGCUAAUCCUGAAAUGUUCAUGACGUGAGACUAAAGAAGGGAGAGGGGCUCAGACUUCACCAAAGACCUACAGCAGUGUCGGACCAAACUGCGUUGUUUGUGAGUCAGUUAAAGUGCAGGUGUUGUAAAAACCUGGACCAGCAUGAAAAGAGGGAGCUCCUCUGUUGAGGAAGGCGUCACCUCGGAGGCGGCAGGACGGAGACAGAGUAGAAAAGAACACAUGAACACAUAUCGAAAAUUGUGGCUUGACAUUUGGAGAAUACCUAGAACCUGGUCCAGAAGAUUGAUGCAAACAGUUCCUGUUCAUUUUCACCGUUCACCUCAUGAAGGAGACACACACACAUUCUUGUAUUCCUCAUUUGAAAGUUGUGCAUUUGUGGAUCAAUCUGUCGGUCUGAUACUGGAGCAGCCUCUCAGCAGUAUUUCCCAAACGUUCAAGCCUCGCCAGAGUUCAACCCUCACAGUAGUCUGAAGUAACAAAUUCAAGCAAACGUCCACAAACAAUCAUAAAAGGCGAACCACGGGUCAGCGGAGGAGUGGGUUCUGCCUUAGUGUCAUGCUUUAUCAAAUAGUUUUAAAAUAUGCAGAAGGUCCAUGCGUACUCACACAUAAACCAGGUCUAUGCGCAAAUACAAAUUCACAUGUCGACGUGGUUCAAAAUCCUGCAGUUGAAAAAGACUUAGAAAGGAAGCGUACAUAAAUAGGAGGCUUUAGCAGCACAAUGGGAGUUGUUGGAGUCUGAAGGGAUUAGGGUGGGUCACUGGUGGAUGUAGGAGUCUCUGGUCCACUCAGCGGCGUCGCCCCUGUGUUUGGCAGCCCCCUCCCCCUCCUGUUCUCUGUCGUAGUAGUGAUGGUGGUAGUCGCGGGUGGGACGGUGGUGGUGGUGUGAGCGCUGCUUGUUCCGUUCGUUGUGAUCCUGCUCGCGCUCUUUGGGCCGAUGCUCGUCCUGCCCGCUGCGGUGGUGGUGAUGGUGGUGAUGAUGGUGGUGGUGGUUGUGGUCCCUGUGCAGCUCAUAGCGGUGUUGCUGCUGCUGCUGCUGAGGCUCCUCAUCCUCCUGCUCCUCCGCCGCCGCCUCCUCCUCGUCCUGAUGGAGGUGCUGCGAACGCGCCUCGGUGUACGAGUCUUUGCUCUCCUGUAUGUCAGAGUCAAACGUCUCCUGUCGGGAGAGACCUCUGGCCCGACUGCUGUGAUGGUGAUGGUGGUGGUGAUGGUGGUUAUGGUGCUCCGUCUUGGUGGAGGACGAGCGGUGGUGGAUGUGCGGCGGCCUCCUGGACGUCUCCAUCCUUUGCAUUCUCUCCACUUCUGGCUCUUCCUCUUCAGGCUCCAGCUCCACAUCGGCCUGCUCCUGACUCAUCUGCUGCUGCUGGUGGUGGUGGUGAUGGUGGUGGUGAUGGUGGUGGUCUUCUCUGGAGCCCUUCCUCUCCACAACACCUUUGUCUGCUCUGUGCUCCGCAGCGCUGCCCUGGAGUCACGAAGGGACGAGUCAGUUUGAGACAUGAGCAGUGAGAAAACCACAGGAGGACAUGCCACACCAGAAGGUCCAGUAUUCAGGAAAUGAAACCCAGGAGAACAUUGUUUCACACUGCAGGACAGCAGAUCACAUUUCCAGUGUGAAGCUCAUUCUCAUACAUGUGUCCACUUUCCUGUCAGUGACUUCACAUUUUUGGAAUUGUUAAUUGUAGACUGUGUUUUAGGCAACUGCGAGCUACUCCUAGGGCACCAGUGGUGUAACAAGAGCGGGAACACAAAAGCAAAAAUAGUAAGAUGGUUAUUGUUAGAAAAAAGAAUCUAAUAAAAAAAUGCAUUAUCUAAUAAAAACAUGGGCCACUCCCUUGGUCUCCGUGGUGCACAGGUGCAUCAGUUUUGUGACCCCUGGUUUAAGGACUGUGGUCAAGGAAUGAGAAGAGGGACCAGUGAUUCUCAAUGGUGGCAGUAGUGUGUCUCUGAAUUGACUUGACAGCUGCAAAUCUGUGAUAGUGAACAACUAUGGAGAAGUUCUUG